AUGCCAAGCACAGCCAUGAAGAAAAAGGUGCUGCUGAUGGGUAAAAGUGGGUCUGGGAAGACCAGCAUGAGGUCCAUUAUCUUUGCAAACUACAUCGCCAGGGACACGCGGCGCCUGGGUGCCACAAUUGAUGUGGAGCACUCCCAUGUCAGAUUCUUAGGAAACCUGGUGUUAAACUUGUGGGACUGCGGAGGCCAAGACACCUUCAUGGAGAACUACUUCACCAGUCAGAGGGACAACAUCUUCCGCAACGUGGAAGUCCUCAUCUAUGUGUUCGAUGUGGAGAGCCGUGAGCUGGAGAAGGACAUGCACUACUACCAGUCAUGCCUGGAGGCCAUUCUCCAGAACUCUCCUGAUGCAAAGAUCUUUUGUCUAGUGCACAAGAUGGACUUGGUGCAGGAGGACCAGCGGGAUUUGAUUUUUAAGGAGCGUGAGGAAGACCUGAAGCGCCUUUCCCGGCCCUUGGAAUGUGUUUGUUUUAGAACUUCCAUCUGGGAUGAAACACUUUACAAGGCCUGGUCCAGUAUAGUCUAUCAGCUGAUCCCCAAUGUCCAGCAGCUGGAGAUGAACCUGAGGAACUUUGCUCAGAUCAUCGAGGCAGAUGAAGUGCUGCUGUUUGAGAGAGCCACAUUCUUGGUCAUUUCUCACUAUCAAUGCAAAGAGCAGAGGGAUGUCCACAGAUUUGAGAAAAUCAGCAACAUCAUUAAACAAUUCAAGCUGAGUUGCAGUAAGCUGGCAGCUUCUUUCCAGAGCAUGGAGGUCAGGAACUCUAACUUUGCUGCUUUCAUUGACAUCUUUACAUCCAACACAUACGUGAUGGUGGUUAUGUCAGACCCUUCUAUACCUUCUGCGGCGACGCUGAUCAACAUCCGCAAUGCCAGGAAACACUUUGAGAAGCUGGAGAGGGUGGAUGGACCAAAGCACAGCCUGCUCAUGCGCUGAUCCCAGGCACAAGGGCUUUGGGGGGAGAAAAAAUGAAUUGGAACUACUUAUUUUUAGGAGAAUCUAACACUGUCGAUGUCUUUGUUGGGCUUUGAAAUGAGUGUGCUGCUUUGUUUUUUCUCCUUUUCACGUCGGACACUAGUGGCUUGGAGGAUGUCUGGAUACACUGUUGGACCUUCAGAGACUUCCCUGGCAUGUGGGGAUGGGGAG